AUGGAAACUUUGCAACUAAUAACGCAGUGGAAAGAUUCUCAAUCAUCUUCAAAAGCUCAAAGAUUAUUGGAUACAAUGCUAAAAACAAAUUUUGUAGUUGCUCUCCAUUGCUUGUCCCAUGUUUUAAAUAUAACUGUAAGUUUAAGUAAAUCUUUGCAGGCUAAAAGUUUGGACAAAAUUUCUGCUCGAUCUUUCGUAAACGAUAUAUUAUUAGUAUUUCAUAAAAAAAGAGAGGAUGCUGAAAAUAUGUUUAAAGGUAUUUUUGAAGAAGUAACGAAAGUUCAUCAAAAAUUAGAUUUUCCAAUAUUACUGCCAAGAAUCAAUGCCAGACAAAUUUAUCGCAGUAAUAUUGAAACAAAAAAUCCUGAAGAAUAUUUUAGAGUGUCAGUUUUUAUACCCCUUUUAGAAAACAUAUUCCAAGACCUCGAGUUUCGUUUCAAUUCAGAUCUUUUCGAAAUUUUAGAUAUAAACAACUUAAUACCGGUUAAUGUUUUAAACCAGAGCGAUAAUAAUUUAAAGUUUCUAGUAAAAAAGGUUUCCGAAUAUCUUGGUAAAUUUAGAAAUGAUUCCGUAGAAUUUUUAUCAGAUUUGCUGGAAUCGGAAAUAGCGCUCAGGAUAAAUAAAUGGAAAGGAAUAGAAAAUAAAACAAAUGAUUUGCCAGCGACAGCGUUAGAUACCUUGCUGCUUUGCAGUAACGAAAUAUUUCCCACCAUAUAUACACUCAUACAGAUAAUUUCUGUAAUGCCGGUAAGUGUGGCAAGUGCUGAAAGAUCAUUUUCCACACUUAAGAGACUAAAAUCAUGGUUACCGUCUACGAUGUGUCAGGAAAGACUAGUUGGAUUAAGUUUAUUAAAUAUACACAGAGAUAUUGAAAUAAAUAUCGAUGCUGUUAUUGAUAGGUUUUCAAAGCAACGGACAUGA